AUCAGACAAUUUUCGUGGAAUUGUUGUUUAUUUGUGCUUCGCGUUACUAAGUUUGAUAAAAAUAAAUGAAACAGUGUUUCGCGUACUAUGUAAUUUCGAAAUGAAUAAAAAUACACAAGUGUUUCGAUUUAACUUUGGAUAACAUAAUAAAGGAAUUUUCUUAUUUUUACACGAGUUCGUGGAUAUUUAGGGAAUAAUGAGGAAUCUGGAAACUGUUUUGCUUAUUUUUGUAAAAAGCUCUGUUUAAAUAAUAUCCUAUAAGAAACGAUAAUCAAAACAAACCUUCAUAACGGUUUUUACAUGAAUAUAAACAAAAAAGCCGCAUUACUCCAUCAAAGGCAAAAAAAAAUCAUGUCAAUGUGACAAUCCAUCAAGGAAAACUCUCAUCUCAACGCAUCCAGCGGCAAGAUAAAUUUUGCACAAUCAAUCGAUGUCCUAGUUCCAGAGAAAUUACAGCUUUUUCCGCCACCCAUCACUUUUAUAUAACUUAUUGCCCCUUUCCACGCCAAACCUCAGCAUAAAUAAACAUACAAGAAUCUGAUUAAAACAUUGGAGCGAAAUUAUUAAUGGAUUUCUUCCCGCUAAAUGAGCAGGAACGAGAAUGCAGAUUUUAGAAGAUUUCGAUCGAUGUCCGAUGGGGCCGCCUAUCGACUACCCAACCAAGAGCCUUUCGAGGUUUUUCCGAGUCUACCCGACUCCGUUUUGGAGAAAAUGGGACUCCUCGGUAACGGCCCCAGGGAACGUCUGAGCGACGAGGAGCUCGAGCAAAAAUUCGUGUCGUUGUCUCUCGCCUUUACCAUCGACGCCGCUACAAUCAAAGACCGAUGCGAGCGUCAGAGGCGCUAUCGCGACCAAACCGAAACGAAUCUGAACACAGAAAUCGAGAAACUGAUUGAAAAAGCCAACAAAAUGCAGUCUCUGUGUGUGGAUGCUGAGACCACGGAACUCCUGUCGUCCCUCCUAGGCCAAAUCGAUAUCGUCAUGAAGGCGUCUUCGCACGCGACCAUUUCUUCCGAAAGAUACGGAGCCGUUCAACACGAACACCGCAUCUCCGAGUCCGUCAAUGUGAUGAUCAAUCAUGUGAAUCUUCUUAAGCAACAAAGGGAUUCGGCCCGGAGACAACUUCAAUACACAAAGCGGGUCCUGCAGAAUUCGAAUUCGUCGGAAGCUCCACAGAAACAGGUUGCGACUAGCCAGAACGGUAGAAUGAUUACAAAAAGACGGGCGAGUAUUGCGACAAUAACACGUCCUAUUGAAAUGUCUAAAAGUACAGAUUCUCGUAAAAUUAUGAGAAGGACGUCGGAUUUAUCCUUGCGAGCUUCCUCUUUAGCGCGCAGUUCUAGACCUAAUCGGCUAGAACUCGGUGUAGAUCUAGUCAAGAUCAAAGAAGGAAUGGUUGAAAACGAACCAAUGACCAACGAAUCGUGUAAUAGCGAUAACGAAUCGAUUCAUGAAGACGAUUCUAGUCCAGAAGAUAGUGCACCAUCUGUUGAAACAGAUAUUUCACCGCUUCCACUCAGGCAUAGGUUAGUGAGACGAUUUAGGCGACUACGAAAAGGUAUAGAAGAACGGUAUGACAGAUGGACGGAAGAUGGCACAAUCCACGAAAUUUGUUGUUUCUGUGCCCUCAUGUGUUUCUCAAUUAGUUUAAUAAUUAUGGCCAAUCUUUUAAUAGAAGUAGAAUUUAGUAAACGAGGAUUGACACCAUCGAAUUUUUUUUGGUUCUGGACCACAAACAACGGGAAUACUCAAAUCUCGAAACGCAUUUACCAAGGAGGCAUCUCAACAACUUAAUCUUAUUUAUUUAUUUAAACCAAAGAAUAAAAUUACUUUCCAA